CUUCUCUCUCAAAUCGACUUCAGUCUCUCCAUCUCUGCUUCUUCAGGGCUCCUUGUUCGAAAGAAUUAAAUGUUUUAUUCACAUACGCUUUUGGCUCGAAAGGGUCCAUUGGGGACGGUGUGGUGUGCCGCUCAUGUGCAACAUCGCCUCAAAAAGUCUCAGUACACCGCCGUCAACAUCCCCGAAACUGUUGAUAAAAUAAUGUUUCCUGAAGCACCAUUAGCAUUGAGAUUGUCAGGUCACCUUCUAUUUGGGGUUGUGCGAAUAUAUUCAAAGAAAGUCGAUUAUCUUUACAAUGACUGGAAUCUCCUUAAUACUUGGGUCGCUAAGGCUUUCGUUUCUACUCAAGUUAACUUGCCUGAGGAUGCGAGACAGGCGCCGCCUGAGUCUGUGACUUUGCCUCAAGCACUAAAUUUGGAUGAGUUCGACUUGGAAGAUGACACACUCGACAUGGAAUUCGAUAAUCAUACUCGGAGUGAGGAAGAUAUUACUCUAACAGAUCAAAUUCCUACUGGCAUUGAUCCUUAUGUUGCUGUAACAUUCGACGAGGACAUCAUCUCAGAAUCUAUCCCGAUGGAUGUCGACCAAUCAACAGAACCUGUGAGUGGGCAUAACGGAGAAACUGAUGUUGAAACGGCUCAUGAGGCAGGACCAGACAAUGAGCCAAGAGACUCCAAUAUUGCUUUUGAUACUGGAACCUAUAGUCCUCGUAACGUCACAGAGGAAUUCCCUGAAGUCCAGGAUCCUAGACAAAGUAACCUGACAGAAGAGAUCAAUCCCAAUACCGAGAGAAACGAUGCCAAUUCUCCUGGAAGUGUUCCCGAGAUUGAGAAAAGGCGUGACGCUGGGCAUGAUCUAAGCCCCACUUCCCAUCCAUCAUUUGCUGCAGAACAACAGAAUAUCAGAGUUGAACGCACUGAGUCUUUAGAUGAAACUUUGAAUGAGAAGGAACCCACUAUCCCUAGUAUUGAUGAAGAAAUGUUAAAUUCUGGAAGGCAUUCGGCGUUUGAGCUUCGCUCAGGAUCUCCAAGUUCUGCUGGUUCUGAGGAAGAACGUGCAAAUUUUGUGCAUCCAUCACCUCAACUGGUGCUUCAGCCAUCUCCUCCUCCCCCACCACAAAGAAGGAAAAGGAAGAGGAAGAACUUUGAUGAGGUCUUCGUAUUAACCAACAGGUACAUAAAAGAAAGGCUUGAGGAUCCUAGUGAUACUCUACGUAAGAGAAAGAAAAUGCCUUCAUCGAAAGUAAAUGUUUGGAGAAUGAAUAACCAGUCAAGGAAGGAUCAAAAUUUCGAUGAGCCCUUGUUUACUGGCUUGUCAGAUGUUUUACGCAGUGUCUUUGAAAAGGACUAUGUAGCUUCGAAGCCAUAUCUUGCUGUUUCUGAUGAAACUUUACCUGAACCUUCAUCUGUAUCAUCUCCUACUCGAGAAGCUGAAACAGAAAUUAAUCCGGUCUCUCCAAUUCCACGAGUUAUCGUUCCUGAUUCUACUAAUCCAGACAGUACAGUUCAGCUAUCUCCAGUUCAGCAAACUGAAGAUGCCCAAGACUUUACAGGUCCUCGACCCACGCAUGCAGAGUCUGUAGCAACAGAAGCACAAUCUCCACAGACAUUUGAUAAUGAUGACAUGGGAAUCGAACAUUUAAGGGAUGGUGGUUUCCCUGUGUACAUGCCGUCACCACCUCCAAGAUCUUCACCUUUUAGAACCAAUGACUUCACCACUCAGCCUGGAACUUGGGAGACAGAAUCUUACAGAACAGAGCCUUCAACUUCCACAGUUCCAGAGGACUUGCCUGGACCAAGAAAUUUAGGGCUUUCACCUGUUUCUGAAACGACUAAUGAGGAACUUUAUUUCCUGGAGGUAGGUGGCAAUACCCCAGUAGGAACACCAGCUAGUCAAGAUUCUGAUGCUUUGACAGGGAGAGCAAGAGCCUUGGCUCAGUAUCUUAGACAACGUUCUUCAAGUAGUCCAACAUCAAGCCAUCCUUCUGGAGAUCUAAGUUUGAGCGAGAUCUUGGCAGGAAAGACAAGGAAGCUAGCUGCUCGAAUGUUCUUUGAGACACUGGUUUUGAAGUCUAGGGGACUUAUAGAUAUGCAACAGGACCGACCCUAUGGCGAUAUCACUUUGAAGUUGAUGCCUGCCCUUUUUUCAAAGGUUCAAACAUGAAUAAACAAUGCUUAGUAGACUUAUUUAUGUAUAUUAUUAGCAUUGAAGCGAGACGAGGAAGUAGUCAUUCUUAAUUUGUUGAUACCUGGUUUGAUUACAUUUUGUUCAAGUAAAGCUUUACUCGAAGAAAACAUGGGUAAACGUCUAAAAUUCAUCAUUAGUCAAUACUUCACUUGAGUUAAAAGUGACCAUGUUGUAAAAAACAAGUUUUUGAGAUUCUCUAUGAUUCUGGAAAUGAAUGAAUAGAUGCUCUUAAC